AUGUCAUACAACACCUAUGCAAAGCUGCCUCUCAAAGUUAUGAUCAACAAACAGAAAUCCAAGGUCCUCUUUGCAGAAGCCAACAGUGAUUUCAUCAACGUCUUGUUAAGCUUUUUGGCGAUGCCUUUGGGGAAAAUCGUGGAAAACUACAUUCCACUAGGAAGCUUGAACACUUUGAACUCAUCUUUAAGUAAUCUCGACCAAUCCUAUUUCUCUACGCGAGGCGCAAAGCAGAUGCUGCUGAAUCCACAAAGUUCGUUUCGUGCCGAAUGCCGUAAACUCGCGAUUGAUAUCACUGCUAGCAACCCUAGCCGAUACUUCGUCUGUGAAGACGGUGAUUGUACUAAAUCAGGUUUUAGGAAUGUGAGCAUGUAUUCUGAUAUAGCUACAUGUGAAUGUGGGAAAUCGCUCAACAGAUCUGUAUCCGUCGAGGAGCGUUUAGACGUCGGAGUUUUCACGAUCAGUCCGUUGUCUUUCGUCGUCACCGAUGAUCUGCGUGUGGCGCCGAUUGUGUCCGGAGUUAUUCAAACGCUCAACAGUCUUGGCAUUACAGAAACUGAAGGAGCAGAGCUCAUGCGUUUGAGCUUUGAUGCUGAUGAGAUUAAGAAAUUGCUUAACUUAUGCUUAACUUCGACAACCCCUUUCACCGACAUGAUAUUCGCGAAAACUGGGGUAAUCUCCACUGCUGCAAAACCGGAACCUGGGAUUUUGCUGCAUCAUAUUCAGAAGAGCGACGCAAACCCUAGAAAAAUGGCUUUGAAGAUCUGCUUGCAGAAGUCGACGAAUAAAUUUCUGUUUGCGGAAGCAAUGGAUGAGUUUGUUGAAUUCCUCUGUAGCUUCCUCACUCUUCCAUUAGCAGGAGUUGAGUUUCUUCUGGGAGGGAAAACUGGCCUCAAAAACAUCGACAAUUUAUACACAAGCCUCUCAAAUGGCAUCGAUGCAAAGUAUUUUACUACUUCAGAUAUGAAAAGCAGGCUCAUAAAUCCCAAGCUACCUCACGGUUAUAGAUCUGAAUAUCCCUUUCUACCGCUCAGCGAAGAUGGCCCUCCUAAACUUUUUUACAAAGAAGAGAUGAUCAAAUGCCAUAGGUAUAGUAAAAUACUGAAGCCUGAAAGAACUUAUUUUCAUCAUAGUCAGAAAGACGUGUACAAUCUGCAAGUGUGCUUGCAGAAGUCUACGAUUAAAUUUCUGUAUGCGGAGGCAAUAUUUGAUGAUUUCAUGGAGUUUCUUUAUGGUUUCAUUCAUCUUCCCUUAGCUGCACUUGAGUUCCUUUUGAGUGGCAACACCGGUGUUCACAGUCUCGACAGUUUAUACCGAAGUGUCUCUCCUGGAAUCGAAGACAAGUAUUUCACUUCACCGGAAGCUAAGAUGCCUUACGGUUUCGAUUCUGAGCAGUCUCUGCCUCUCUCAGAUGUGAAGGAAAGGGAGUUAGGUGUUGGAAUUGAAGAGGGAUUAGGUAUCUUGAAGGCUUCUCUUACAUCAAAAACAGCUCUAACUGAUGCCAUCAUUGAACCCAUGCAUGUUGAAACUAGAGAGCUAACCACAGUUUUCUUGAAUAUCAUGUCGGUCAAGGGAGUUGCAGAAGUUAAACAGAAAAUAAGCAAUUUCCCAAUCUAA